UCCUCCUCCCAACCAAUCUAAUCUCAAGAUUUACACACACACACACUUCAAUACGUCUAAUCUUAAGCCAAAACAAGACAGGGUGGUCAAAACAAGAGAAAGAAAACAAACUAUCUUUUCUUUCUACUACAGUCCUUUGCAACAUUUCAUGUUCAAAAACUUGAUUUCGACUUUAUUGUAACAAAUAUCAUCAAAUGAAAACCGAAAGCAUUCGACAUACAAAGGGAUCAUGGCCAAAAAUGAACAUGAGAAAAUGGUUAAACAUAAAGAGAGAGUCAAAUGAUUUUCAUUCUGAUUUUUCUGUAAAUGAUAGAAGUGAAAUGAGAAGAAAAAGUUGUUCGGAUGAUAGUCGAUACGUUGUUGUUCCGGAAGAAUUAUCAGAUGAAUGGUUGACAAACGACAAUAUUGGACGGCCAAAACAAGAGAAAGUUGAUCUUAGUAUGUUUGUUGGGACAUGGAAUGUAGGAGGAAAUUGCCCACAUAAAGGUUUGGACGUGAGGGACUGGCUUAGAACUUCAUCCCCGGCAGAUAUAUAUGUCAUUGGGUUUCAAGAGAUUGUACCCUUAAAUGCAGGCAACGUACUAUGCUCAGAGAACAAAAGCCCUGCUGCCAAGUGGCUAUCACUUAUUCAUGAAGCCUUAAACACAACCCCUGAAAUUCCACAUAAUUACAAUCAUACCACUACCGUUGACCAUUACCAUCAGUCAACUCAAAAGCCUAGAGCUAGCUUCUCCGAUCUUUUAUCUUUCAAAAAUGAACUUGGUCUAGAAGAAUACCAAAGAUUUUUCAAUACAAAUUUUAGCGGAGUUAAUGAUCUUGAAGCCAAGCGGAAUGCAGGGUUCCACUUAGUUGCUAGUAAGCAAAUGGUCGGAAUCUUUCUUUGCGUAUUUGUUCGCAAAGAUUUGUGCCAUCAUAUUAGCAACUUAAAAGUGUCAUGUGUUGGAAGAGGCAUCAUGGGAUAUCUUGGAAAUAAGGGGUCUAUUUCCAUUAGUAUGACAUUGCAUCGUACUACAUUUUGCUUCGUUUGCACUCAUUUGGCUUCUGGCGAGAAAGAAGGGGACGAGUUCAAGAGAAACGCAGACGUUACAGAAAUUUUGAAGAAAACGAGAUUUUCUCGGUCGUUUAGAACACUUGGAAAACCCGUUCCACCAGAAAAUAUUUUGGGCCAUGAUAACAUAAUUUGGCUAGGGGAUCUAAAUUAUCGUUUGUCAUCGUCAACAACCACGGAUGAUGUCCAUGAAUUCCUACAAAGAAACGAUUGGCAAGCACUUUUAGAGAAAGAUCAGUUGAAAAUAGAGCAAAAGGCUGGUCGCAUUUUCGAAGGAUGGGAAGAGGGAAAGAUACAUUUCGCUCCAACGUAUAAAUACAUCACAAACUCGGAUUGCUAUGUUGCCCAAACUUCGACUCCUAAAGAUAAAAGACGUACUCCCGCAUGGUGUGACCGGAUUCUUUGGAAAGGCGAAGGACUAAAACAAAUGUCAUAUGUGAGGGGUGAAUCAAAGUUCUCGGAUCAUAGACCCGUUUAUUCUCUAUUCUCGGCGCAAGUAAAUAUGCCUAUAAACGAGAACACGACAGCCAAUUCUAAGGAUCCAAACUCUAUAAAGCCGUCGUUGUUACCAUCAUGUGUAGCGAAAGUGCAAGCCGAAGAAUUGUUGUUAAGUAAGACAAAGAGUUGCAUAGACAGCGCUCCGAGGUUUUUGGGAGCGGCCAAAAAGUUAACAAGCCACUAGAGUUGUGGUAAAUGUUUAAUCAACAAGUGUAUAUACGACACGUGGACAAUAUCUUGCAAAAGGGUCUGCACCUUGUUUUAGGCUUUCUUUUUUCCGAAAAGUUUGGGACAUUGGGGCUAUGAGUUGCUCUCAUAAGUACGUUCGAUAUGGUCAUACCAGGAUAAUGGUAAAAGGCGUAAGGGUAUUUGCUUGGUCGUGAUGAUAUGAUUGACUUGGUUAUCGAUAUGUGGAACGUCCAAGUGGCAUGGCUAUGGAGAAGAUGAUUAGAGAUUAAAUAUGGACGUUAUGGAUGAUAAUCGACAUGACUUUAGAAAGGAACUUGAGGGUCAAUUUUAUUAUCUCUAUAUUUGUUAUAAAUUUUGGGGGUUUUGUGAAUUCAAAUGAUGUGGUG